AUGAAACCAUCAAAGAAUCAUGGAAAUCAACCUCCUCCCAGCAAUAAUUUAGGAAACAAAAUUUCAAAUAUGAGCCAUGGUGAUUUGUUGGAUUUCUUUCUCUCAGAUGUAGCUCCUCCGGCCACAACCACUCACAAUACUGGACUCAACAAUUAUUCUGCUAAUUCCCAAAAUUGGAAUCAUCAACUACAACAACAACAAAAUGCCUCUUUAUUGGUUACUUCCUCAUUACCGAGCAGCAACAUCAGCAGCAGUAGUGGAGGAUUUAAUCCAAGAGCAAGACCAACCUCAUCUGCACAACCAUCAUCAACACUCAAUGCCAAUAACAACCUACCAACAACGAUGAACAACAAUAACGGAAGAGUGAGAGAUGGAAACGAAUCUCAUUCAUUCCAUCAUCAGCCUCAUCAUAAUAACACUCAUCAUGAUCAUCAUCUUCAUCAUAAUAACACUCAUCACAUCAUGCAUCAUGUAACGACAACACCGACAAGCUCCUCAUCAUCUUUCAGUACUAACGUCUCUGCUUCCAAUACCAUCAGCAAUUCGGCAGGUUCACUCAUGCCUCCUCCUCUUGUUUCUAUUGGCUCUACAUUGAUCUCUCAAGUCAAGAGCGUUCCCGAAUUUGAGACGAGUUUUGAUGAUGAUUUUGCAACUCAGUUUGAUAGUCCAACGAUUGUAGAGAGUUCACAACCGCAAUCAUCCACAAAUAUUGUCGUUCCUUCAUUGUUGACUGCUGGCAGCAAGGGUACUACUACCCUCAACAAUCAAUUCGAUCAAAAGCAAAAUAGCCAAGCAACAAGAACGACAACAUCCAUCAGUACUGAAGAAUCUGUAAAUAAUAAUAAUAAUAAUAAUCGACCAUCCAGCAACACAUCAUUACCUCAAAACAAGGUAGAUACAAAAUCUUCCGGGUCACUCUCAUCUGCAGCAGCCAGUCAAAAACAUCCUCAGUUGAAUAUUUCGCUUGAAGCCAUUCAACAACACAAAAUUCAAGAGCAUGGAUCCACAACAACAAAAUCUUUACCCAGUUCCUCCACAGGAGGAUCCGUCGUUCUCAAGAAGGAGCACAGCAAUUUGAGCUCCAACAGCAUAACAGGAAAUGUUUCAACACCACCUGAAAAACCUAUCUCUAGAAUGGAAAGUUUAAAAAAUUUGAAUGAUUUAAAACCAAAUGGAAAAUGUCAAAACAAGUGUCAAAUACCUGGAUGCAUUUGUUAUUGCUCAUUCGAUCAUUCCUCAGAACAGUACAAGGAGUUUAUUGAGAAUGAAAAUGGAGGCGUCGAUUUUCACAUGUGCAGCAAUGCUCACUUUUGUCCAAAAACAUGCUCUCAUCGUGGGUACUGUGAAAUUAAGGCUGAGUCAAAAUAUAAUGAUGUCGGCUUGAAGCAUUUAUGUGGCAAAAUGAUAAAACCUUACAAAUUCGUACAUGACGGAAAAUGUAUGUGUUAUAAUGAUGAGGAUGUUAAUGUCCAGCCACGCAAGCACUUUUGCACAAAGAAAUGUCCUGCUUGCUUGUCCAUAUGCACAAAAGAAUAUGGUCAUGAUAAACAUUCGUUUUGGAUUUCAAAACGAUCUGUAGAUCCAAAAUGUAGACAAAUUGAUUUUGAAUCACUUUCCUUGAAAGAACAAGAAGAAUUAUUGCUUCAUGAUACUGAACAUACUAACAUGAUUAACACAAUAUUUGUGACAGAUUCAAAGCUGCUCAAAAAUAAUGCCAUUGAAAUUCCAUAUAUUUAUCAAAAUCAAGAGAGAACUCUACGAUUUUUCCCUGGUCAGAACGGUUCCAAAUUCACCUGUGAAUCCUAUUGCAGAGUUCUUGGACGUGGUCACACAUAUCUAACACUUUGCCAUCAUGAACAUGCUAAACGAAUUGCAGCGAUUGAAUCAGUCAAUAGCUCAGCAUCGGAUCUUUCAAAAUUGUCUGUGGAUGGAGAUUUUAUUGCUAGCAAGAGAUCUAGCUCCAUGAACAAAUCCCCAAGUCAUGGAGAUUUCAUCACUCCCAAAAACAGUGAUGCAAACAAGAUACAAUUUAGCACACCAAAUAAUACUGCUACAGCCAACAAGACAGGAACAGAGGCCAACGUACCAAGAUCUCGUUCCUUUGGUUCCUAUCUUUCUAAUAUGGGAUCAGAAUCAUCCAUUUCAGAAAUUCCAAAUCUUACUGUUGAGGAAUCCAAGCCAUCUUCCUCUUCAAUUAUUCACAGCGGAAUUGGAGGAGUUCCAAAAAGACCUCCCUCGUCGAACACGAACACAGGAAGCGAUAUCAUUCACAGCGGAAUUGGAGGAGUGCCAAGAGGCAAUUCUGUUAUUAGUAUCACGAGCUCAACCGCAACCAAUACAACUGACAGUGUUAAAGGAAGUACAAAGUCUCAGUCACCAAAUGCUACCACUCAAUCGAGCACAAGUACCUCAUCAAACCUUUUGUCAAUUACUUCUUCAAAUGGUGGACAACCUUCGGUUUCUCCAAGGGGUCUACAAUUGUCACCAAGAUAUGGAAGAGAAGAUUCCUUCAUUAUAGACACAGAUUAUAGUGACUCUGAAAAAGAUGCAGCGAAUGGAUGUCCAUUCACUGGUGAAUUGAGUUUAAUGGCUACAGGACGCAGACACUCGUCAAUGAAAUGCGAACAUAUGGAUGAACUUAAACAUGACAAGUUUUGGGAAUUAUGUGGUUUUGUUGAUCCUUGCAAAAAGGCUUGCAUGCCACCAGACGAGUUGCGUCAGUUCAAUUUGUGUCGUGUCCAAAGCGUUAAUGAUUCAAAUCAAGCAUUGGAGUACUGUAAAAGACACGUUUCUCAUGAGGUUUUAGAUUCUACCUCUCUUGAUUAUUUGGAAGAUAUUGCCUUGUUAGCAGAACGUUUUCCAGCAAGAGAUAACGGUUGCAUUUUCUCGCCCAGUGGACACUUGUUUAAAGCUCAACCAAAUUCUGGUUUCCACCACUAUAUCUUCAUUGAUGUGAGCAAACACAUGUCAAGUCAAGAUUUCGGCCCUUCUCUCCCAGUUUUCAAGCCCGCUACUAAAAGCUUAAAGCAAAGCGAAAAAUCUGAAGAUUAUUCUCAUUUUACAGCCUUUGACAACAGACUUGGCUGUGCCAUCGAGGUUGCCCUAAAAUUUUUGCAAAUUCUUUACAAACUUCGACCUUCUGAUCGAAUGACGGUUGCAAUUUUCACAAAAAAGAAUGUAGAAAUUUUGAUUGACAAUGAAGAAUUGCAAUAUUAUUAUUCAGUGAUCGAUUUGGUCACAAACAAGAUCAAAAAGCCUGAAAAUGAUGGAGGAUUUGAAGAAGUUUUCAACCUGCUAUGUUCGCUCUUAGCCAAACACAAUGUGAGAGAUUCUUCGGACCGAGUGAACAAAGCUCUCAAACCUAAAAUUUAUCUUCUAACAGGAAAUCAAAUCGAAUCAAAAUUCCAGCCAAACUUUGGUAAAACAGCAUCGUCUUCAACAGGUACACCUGUUUGGCAUUCAUUGGGUAAAUUAGAAAGUAUUUCUCUUCAAAGAAAGAAAAAGAAGGAGAAAUCCAAACUUGACGAUGUUCUUGAGUGGUUUGAAUCUAACGGAAUUAAACCAACAUUUGGAGCGAAUGGAGAGUCGGAGCCUUACAUUUCUAUUAUCAAAAUUGGUAGCGAAGGAAAUGAAUCAAAGCUUAAUCAGAUAUUACUUAGAAGUAAGGGACUUUCUACCAUUAUUGAUUCUACUCUUGUCUCUGCCAAUGUAACUACAAAUCUAACUGAAGAAGACAAAGAAGACUUAAAGAAACGAUCUGCAAGAGAUCCUUUCGUAAUGCAAAGGAAAGUGAUUUGCCACAUGCUGCACGAACUGCUCAUGAUUCAUUUGGAACAAAACAAGAUCAAACUCAACGAAAAUAUGAGAAUUAGCGGUGCCAGUUCAGCGUCGUCUGGUAAAUGUGGUUUACUGAUUAAAUCAGCAAUCGAUCAUGUUCAACAUGGCGACAGUAAGCAUGAUGAUGACACCGAUUCUGCUGAUAGCGAUGAGGAAUUGUCAAACUUUGGUUUCUCAAGCUUCAUGAUUGGAAAGAAAGGAGUCACCUCUCCUUCCACUAUGGAUAUACUUGACGAGAUUGAGAAUGUAGAGAGCCCUAAUUUACCUGAGGAUAGUGAGUCCAAAGCUGAUGACACAAAAUCUGAAGAAAAACCAACAGAGUCAAAAGAUCCCAAGGCAGAAGAAGAAAACAAAGAAGAUAACAAACAAAUCGAAAAUGAAAAGGACAAUUUGGAAAGAGAAAAUCUUGCAAAGGAAAUCCUCGACACAGAAAGAGCCUAUGUCACAUCUAUUGCCAAAAUUAUUGAACUCUACUAUUAUCCAUUACUUAAAUAUGUUCCAAAUGUUCUAAGUGAAGAAGAUAGAUCCACCAUAUUUAAUGGCCUUUUGGGCAUUUACAAUUUACACAAAAUUUUAGUGACAGAUUUGGAAGAGCGUGUCAAUGAGUGGCGUAAGGAUCAAAAGAUUGCCGAUAUUUUCAUCAAGCUUCAUCAAACGUUCAAGCUCUACACCAGCUUCUCCACAAAAUAUGAAAUGGCCAUUGAGGCCUUCUCAAAAUACAAGGACAGCCCUCGAUUCCGUAACUUCCUCUAUAUUCGUAGAAAGGAUCCAUUUUCAAAAGGAGAACAACUUCAAAGCUUUUUAAUCAAACCAAUUCAGCGAAUUCCAAGAUAUAUUCUCUUAUUGAAAGGGUUGCUUAAACAUACUCGUGAUCCAAAACAUCCCGAUUUUCAGGAUCUCGUGAGUGCCAUCUCCAUCACUGAAGAGGUCGCGACAUUCCUUAACAAUAAGAUUCGUGAGAGACAAUACUUUUACCGUAUGAAGAGCAUUUCUGAUCGUUUAUCAGGAGUUUCAGACCUCAUUCAACCUCAACGUCGAUACAUUUGUGAAUUUGAUAAGCUCUUUGCCAACUAUGAGGCUGUUCAAAACGAAGAAUGUGUCGUAUUUUUGUUUAAUGACAUUUUUAUUCAUGCUGUGAGAGAAAAAGAGUCAUCUGGUGGUGAACAUUCACACAAUAAGGAUGACAAUGGUGAGCAUAAAAGUAAGAUGUCUCGCAUGAAGAGAAAACUUUCUGUGAAAUCUCAAUCGCAACCACAUAUUGUUCAUCAUACAAAUAAUGCGACCGCCUCUUCUUCCACCACUACUACUCAAAGUGCUUCCACAAGUGAAUUAUCUUCUUCAAGCAUAAACACUUCUUUGACAAUUGCAUCUGAAGGAGCUGGAGGUAUUUCGAGUGAUACUUUUACAGAAAGUGUGGAUGUUAUGGGCAUUAUGGAACAGUCCAAGAAGGACAGAUAUGAAGCUCGGUUUGUACUCGAUUUAGGAGACAUCACCAUCCAUCCCAUGAAUUUUGGCUCACAAAACGACACACGAUUCCAAAUUUCAGCCAUUUCUCGCAAAUUCUGUGUGGAAUAUGUCACAACCAAACCCAACGAAAAAGCACGUAUUCUUUCAUGUCUCAAUACUGCCAUUAAUAAUUUUAUGAAGAGAAAACAAAGUUUCCAGACAGUUAAACAAUAA